GGAAUCAAAUCGCGACAAUUCCUGAGAAGUGAUCCAAAGUUCUGGCAACCAUGAUUUGUAUCAUGGCGUCCUACAGGAAAGGCCAGGACGUAACUGUAUGAAUGCAUUAAUGUUCCACCUAACUAGUCGCAAUUGUGUUCGCCUGCGAUCGAAGUGAAUGCCAGUGUUAAGCCAGUCCCACAUCGAAGCGAUGCCCAAUGGGUCACAUGUUUUCUAAGAAGAAAGUGACUCGGGUCACUGAUCAAGACCGGGCAGUUCUGCAGCUUAAAAAGCAACGAGAUCAACUUCGCAGUUAUCAGAGGAGGAUUCAGUCGGUGAUGGAGAAAGAUCGGAACAUCGCUCGGAGGCUGUUGCAGGAAGGCAACCGUGAACGAGCCAAGUUACUCUUAAAAAAGAAACGGCAUCAGGAAACUCUCUUAAUAAGGACUGAAGGACUCUUGGAAAACUUGGAACUGAUGGUACAUGAUGUGGAGUUUGCCCAGAUUAAUCUUCAGGUAAUGGAAGGCCUGCAGCAGGGCAAUGAGGCCUUGAAGCAAAUGAACAGCAUGCUCAGCAUGGAAGAUGUGGAAAGAAUCCUAGAGGAAACACAGGAAGGUGUUGAGAAGCAGAGAGAACUUGAUGCUCUCCUCCUUGGAUUCUCCUUGACGGGUGAAGAAGAGGAAGAUGUGAACCGAGAAUUAGAUGAACUGGUCGGUUUGGAGCUGCCUGAAGUGCCCUCAGAACCCCUGCCUGAGAGAUAUCCCCCCACAAAAGUCAAAGGAGAUAGAGGGAGAGUGGCUCUCACUGCUUCCUGAAACUCAAGCCAACAUGCUUUGAAAUUUUUAUAUUUAUCAUAACUGGGACAUGUGAUAGAUAUAUGGGGUUUUGUCCGUCCUCAUAUUGAUUGAUAAAUAUUAUCUGUCUCCCAUCAUAGCAGCUC